CCUAUCUUCACAUUUCUUUCUUUCUCUUUCUCUCUCUGUCUCUCUGUCUUUCUUUCAGCUGCCUUUGCUGCCUUUUCUUUCAAGGACCAUGGAAGAAAGAACACCCUGCUGUCCGGUUACCACUCUGUUUCAUCAGGAAAGAGUUGGGGGGAUCACAUAUCGGAUCCCUGCACUGCUCUAUAUCCCCCCAGCCCACACAUUGCUGGCCUUUGCAGAGAAACGUGCUACAGAGAGUGAUGAUGAUGCUCUUUAUCUAGUGCUUCGACGAGGCCAAAGGAUGGGGCAGUCUGUGCAGUGGGGGCCUCAGGAGUCCCUGAUGGAAGCCACAUUACCUGGAUUCCGAACCAUGAACCCCUGCCCCGUGUGGGAGCACAAGAGCAGGAAGGUCUUCCUCUUCUUCAUUUGCGUUCGCAACCACGUGUCUGAGCGGCAGCAGCUUUGCUCCCGGAGGAACGCGGCCCGCCUGUGCUUCGUCUCCAGCUCGGACGAGGGGCGUUCUUGGAGCCAGAUCAGGGACCUGACCGAGGAAGUCAUAGGGGAGAACAUAGCGCACUGGGCCACGUUUGCCGUGGGGCCCGGCCAUGGGAUCCAGCUCCAGUCUGGGAGGUUGGUGAUCCCCGCCUAUGCCUAUCUCCUCUCUCCCGUGCACUGCCUGGGGCAGCAUCUGUGGCAAAGGGUCCGGCCGCACUCUCUGAUGUUUUACAGCGAUGACUGGGGUGCUACCUGGGAACACGGGCAGCACCUCGAGACCUGCAAAACCGGAGAGUGUGAGGUGGCAGAAGUGGUGAAUCCCUGCGGCCGCCCCGUGUUGUACUGUAGCGCCCGGACCCAGGGGGGGCACCGGGCCGAAGCCCUCAGUACGGACCAGGGGGAGCACUUUGGAAAAGUUACCCUGUGCAGCGAGCUGUUGGAGACCGGCCACGGUUGUCAGGGAAGCGUGGUGAGCUUCCCGACCAGGAAAGAAGGAGCCCCAGAUGGUGGGAGUGGCUCCUCGCGGCCGCCGACUCCGCCCAGCACUCCCCCAGAGGGGCUGGAUGGCAGCAAGCCCCCAGCCUCGGGCUCGUGGCUCCUUUAUUCACACCCCACGAACAGGAAACGGAGGCUCAACCUGGGCAUCUAUCUGAACCGAUCUCCCCUGGAAGGCGUUUGCUGGUCCCAGCCCUGGAUCCUCUACAAGGGUCCAAGCGGCUACUCUGACUUGGCCGUCCUCGAAGAGGGCUUGUUUGGGUGCUUGUUUGAGUGCGGAGAGAAGCUCGAGACGGAACAGAUCACCUUCCAGCUGUUCACGGAACAGGAACUCCUCAGGCACGUUUCGGAAGACCAUUCAGGUCCAGAGUGCCAGCCACUCGAGCGGAGUCGUCUCCUUUAG